UUCUAAGCAGAGCACAGGACUACCGGAUAACACAGAAAGACAGAAGACAAAGCUCGAUAAGGCAAAACAAAGAGACUUCAUUUGUUCAUUAGAUCGGACCAAAAAAUAAAUCGAAGAUAUCUUUCCAGGCAGGCGUAGCCAUUAUUUUUUAUUUUCUUUUUUCAAAAAAAGUUCAAUGGGAGUAGAAGUUACAGACAUCUGCACAGACAAGGAAUUAGAUUGUGUAAUAGUUUACUUAAAUGGUGUUUCACAAGAUUCAAAUAAUGAACCAUUUCACAGUCAUCACAAUGCCAUGCAGUCAUAUGUGAAUGGGGAUCCUGAGCUCCAAGGUACAGAAGAAGGCACUGACGCAAAAGAAUACAACGUUAAGGAAUGUGCUAUCGAAAACUCAGUUGAGAAAUCUGAACUAAGUCAUGUUGGGAACAGUAAUGAAGAGCAGAGCAUGUUAAGCUCCAAUCUUCAGGCUGGCCUGCCUAAGGAUAAGGUCAAACAAGAAACAGCCAAAACAAAGAAUAAUAAAUCAAGAGGAUCCCAGCAUGUAUCAAAACUUUCUGCAACAAAUGUUCGAAUGAAGCGCACUGUUCCACAGCCAUUUGCCCUUGCAACUGAAAAGCGUGCUUCAUGUGUAACUCGUCCUGCAGUGGCUGAACCUGAUGCUGGAACUGGCAUGAACAAAUCCUCUAACACAAAUGGUGCACAUCAUCCAAACACGACAAAACAGAAUAAGCAGCCGCAAUUGAUCUUGAGGAAGCCACUGCAACCUAAUAACAAGAAGCAUCCUGAUGAUGAUGAAUCUUGUUCUGUUACUUCUACCUCUGUGGUCUCUUCGCAGACUGCCAAGCACAAGAAAACUGUUGGGUUCGCUCCCACAUUUAGAUGUUCUGAACGUGCAGAGAAGAGGAAGGAGUUCUAUUCAAAACUAGAGGAGAAAAACCAAGCUCUGGAGGCUGAGAAAACCCAAAUUGAAGACAGAACUAAGGAAGAAAGGGAGGCAGCCAUCAAGCAAUUCAGAAAGAGUUUGACAUUCAAGGCAAGCCCAAUGCCAAGCUUCUACCAUGAAGGACCACCACCAAAAGUUGAGCUGAAAAAGAUGCCACCAACUCGUGCAAAGUCUCCAAAGCUAGGUCGGAGGAAGAGCCUUAGUAAUGAAGUCAGUUCAAGUCAAAGAGAGAUAGUUAAAGGCGCUUCUCAACACGGAAAUCAUCACUCUUUGGGUAGUCAAAGAGAAGACACUAUUGCCAUCACAUUUGGUUCUGCAAACAAAAAGAAUCAGAACAAUAUCCUGAACGGCCAAGCUCCUUUGAAAUUCAAAGAUAAAUCCAUGAAAGUGCAAGAGAUGAGUGAAUGAGCUCCACAAAAGGCAAAUGGCCACACUGACUCAGACAUUGAUUUCCUGUCUUGAGUUUCUGGUGCGUUCUCUAAUUUAAAAGGAGGAAAGGAUUUAUUCUCAUGUUUUCUUGUGACUGCUCUAAAGAAUGUGUAUUUUGUUUCCUUUAAGUUGCAAAGACUUGUUCCUUUUUUGGCACUCUUAUUAAGUGUAAAUUUCUGUAAGUUAUAAUCUUUUCAUACAUAUAAAAAGUCCCUGAUUUGUUGUAAUAUUUAACAAAGUCAAGAGACUCCGCUUCACUUAUUUGAACAAUUCAAUAAAUUUGACCAUGGAUUUCCAACUCUUUGUUUUAAGC